AUGGCUUUUAUUGGCAUCGGGCAGCUUCUCCUAUUCUGGAUGAGUACCUCUCGCCAUGUGUUAGGACUUCGACCAGAUAUAUGCGCCCCUGCCUUGAACGUCACGCACUAUGAGGAUGGCCAUGUUACCCCGGGGUAUAUCUUCAUUACUCCUUACGAAGUGACAGCAUUUAAUGAUGGUCCAUACAUAUACACUCAUUCUGGGGAACUAGUUUGGGCUGGCGCAGUAGGUAAUGAGUUGGUGCACAAUCUUCAUCCCUGCCAUAUUGGAGGUCAUGAGAAAUUAUGUAUGUUAUCGAUGAUACACGGAGUCGGACCUCAAGCAUCAGGGCUCGUCGUUCUGCUAGGUCGACAACUGUAUACGGCUGAUGGAGAAAGAGAUUAUAUCGAAAUCGUCGGUGGCAAAGAGCCCGACUUGCACGAGCUAAAUGUUGUCAACAAUGGCACUGCAAUUUUGACAACAUGGCUAAUAACACGGCCCUGUGAUCUCUCCUCAGUGGGAGGCCCCGAAAAUGGAUAUCUGAUGAGUGUAGGGUUCCAGGAAAUUGAUGUCGAGACCCAAACAGUCAAUUUUAUGUGGGAUGCAGCAGACCACGUUCAAAUAGAAGAGUCGUAUAUAGAGCUUACAUGGAAACGCUGGGGAAAUGGUAUCAGCCCCGAGACUCGCUGGGAUUUUUUUCACAUCAACUCAGUGGACAAAAGUCAGAGCGGAGAUUAUCUGAUUUCUUCACGUCAUACACGUACCAUCUACAUGAUAUCAGGUCAAAAUGGCACUGUCUUAUGGAGACUUGGAGGCAAAAGAUCAGACUUUACAUUCGAGCCCGGUUUGAACUUCAGUUCCCAGCACCACGCCCGGCUGCAGGUAGAGGGCAAUGACAAUUUCACUAUUUCAUUAUUUGACAACGGAUUUGAUGGAGAGCACCAGACUGCACUUUCAUCUUCCGGCCUUGUACUGCAUCUGGAUAUGCAAGCUAUGCAUGCUUCUCUAGUCCGUCGGUAUAUCACGCCCGACGGAAUUCUCACCAGCAAAGAAGGAAGCGUACAGUCCUUGGAAAAUGGAAAUGUAUUCAUCUACUGGGGUGGCACUCCAUUCCUCAGUGAGCAUACCCUGGAUGGCUCGCGUGUUGUUUUCGAGGCACGAUUGACAGACCCAACUGGCUAUUGGUAUCGUGGGUGGAAGGCCAACUUCACAACUGCGCCGACCACUAGCCCGGGUGUAUAUGCGGUAUCGGAAUCUAAUUCGGGGCGGACGACUUGGUUUGUGUCUUGGAAUGGGGCUACCGAGGUACAGGGAUGGAGAGUGUAUGCUUCACAGGAGGAGUGGAAUGGGUACGAGUUGAUUGGAUAUUUUGAGAAGAAUGGGUUUGAGACAACAAUUGGGCGUGAGGAUUUCUAUGCAUGGGCUAUUAUCGAAGCUGUUGAUGGAACAGGUCUAUCGAUACGCAAUUCGUCUGCUCCAAUUAGUACAUCCUGUCAGCGCUCGAACAGAGAUGCUGAGCAGAGCGUUCUGGAUGGUCUAAACUGA